AUGGUCAUUCGUAUACCUAUCCUUCUGUUAGUUCUUUGCGGCCCUGUGUUUGCACGCUCGGUAGCUGGAUCGGCUGUUCAAACAUCCAACGGCGAGAUUAUUGGCCAUAGAUCGCACGAAUAUCCCGACGUGAUUGAGUAUCUGGGAAUUCCCUAUGCUGCACCACCAAUUGGGAAAUUGCGCUUUGAACCACCAGAACCAUAUCAAAGGGGUCCAGAGUAUGUUGCCAGCCACUAUAAAUGUAUUUCAUCUGAAACGUAUAGCGACUGCCCAUACGCUGUGGGGUCAACGAUUAAUUACCCUCAUAAAACACCACAGUUCGACAAUAUAAUGAGCGCUUUCACCUCAUCAACGAAUAACAGUCACAGUGAAGACUGUCUGACCCUAAAUGUCUGGAGCAAGAAGGCAGACAAUUACACCUUAAAGCCUGUUGUAGUUCAUUUCCAUGGCGGGAGAUGGACAUCCGGAACAACCAAUACUCCUUUCUACCAGGGAGCAAACUUUGCCUAUGUUGAGGAUAUUGUUGUUGUCACUGCGACAUACCGAAUGAAUAUUUUUGGCUUUCCCGGUAUCCCUGGGAAGCAGUCCAAUCUCGGACUUCUAGACCAGCGAAAAGCAGUGGAGUGGGUACGGGACAAUAUCCAGGCAUUCGGCGGUGAUCCCAGUCGAAUUAUAAUGUCAGGGCAAUCUUGUGGUGGCGCCGCCGCCGAUUAUUGGGCAUAUUCAUAUCGUGACGACCCUGUCGUGGCUGGCCUCAUUUCGCAUUCGGGAACGGCGGACAGCUUCCCAGCCAAUUCCCCAGAAUUAUCCACACAGCACUGGGAGGAGCUCACUUCGUUGAUGGGAUGCAGAUCGGGUGACGUGCUGGGGUGCAUGAAGAGGCAGAAUGCAACAGCAUUAUUAGCUGCAUCGGGCAAGAUCAAGCCUCCUGCAACCAGUAGUGCAGCCCGAACGCAGCCCGCCUUCCAGCCAACUGUGGACAAUAUCACGGUUUUCAGUGACUACGAACUGCUUGCAAGGGCAGGAAGAUUUGCACACCUUCCAUAUCUUGCUGGACAUACCCACAAUGAGGCUGGUUUCUAUAAGAUCUCAGCGUGGGCCAAAAUAUCUACAUUGCCUGAGUCGGAAUGGCAAGCGUUCAACAAGGAGACCUUCACACGCCCUACUGAUGAUGCAGUCAUGGCUCGGAUACGUGCGGGUGUUCCUGCAUGGCGCUUCCGUUACUUUGCCGACUGGAACAACACCCGUUUGUACCCAACUAGCGGGGCUUAUCAUGGAGUGGAGUUGAACAUGAUUUUUGGCAACUCUCAAGCCGUAACUAAUAUCUCGGAAAGCGCCCACCAGGUGAAACUACGCAGAAGGAUGCAGCAUGCUUGGGCAGCCUUCGUCGCUGACCCCCACCACGGUUUGGAGAAACUGGGAUGGCCCCGUUUCUCUCUGACUGGGACUACAUUGAUCGCUUUGGGUGAAGAGAACAAACCAGGUGCAAGAUUUGUAGAUCCCGGCUUAUACAAUGUUGGUUGUUGGAACGACACGGCUUAA